AUGCAUGAACAACAAGUAUGUACUUCGCAACAGCUGCAACCCCAACAGCUGCAACCAAAUCAUACCCAACCACAACAGUAUCUCCAACAACCUCAACAAUUACAUUCUCAACAACAACUUCAAUUGGAAGAAGAAAAUGGCAGUCAACUCGCAUUAGGUACCAGUCAACUCCCAUUAGGUACCAGUCAACAGUAUACCCUUGAACAAAAGCCUAUCCCAAGAUCAUCUUCACUACCCCAACAGCUCCCCAGCACUUCGAUAUCACAUCAAGAUACGUCACCAAAGCCAAUCAACUUCCUGCCCGGUCUAAGAGCACCAGUAUGGAUGAAAGAUGAAACUGUCACAAGUUGUACAUAUUGUGGUAAAUUAUUCUCCAUCACCCGACGCAAACAUCAUUGCCGUGCCUGUGGAAAGAUAUUCUGCAGCGAUUGCUGUGAUCAACUCGCUCAACUGCCUUAUUUAGGCAAAGAAAUAGCAAGAAUUUGUGUUUACUGCACACGUUUGAUUAAAAAAGCUCGUGCUGAAAGAGUAAGAUUGCAAAACGAGGCAAAAUCUCGUCAGUCGUCCAUAAAACCGAUAAAACAACAGCAAACGACAAUGUCUACUGGCCUGGUAUACUUGCCGGGGGAACGUUUUAAUCCUCCUUCACAGAAUAACUCACAGGAACGGAACUACUUUAUGCCACAAACGCUUUCUACCUCACCUGAAAAUAAUUUCAACCCAGAUGUGUCCAGUUCAUUGCAACAAGUUGACAACUGGUCGUUAAUGAACGACGAAACAAUGUCUAACAUUGACUCAAUUCAAGAAACCGCUGAUUCGACAGCACAGCAUUUUUAUAAUGCUUCAAACGCUUGGAAAAUCCCCACUCGUCCUGUUGGACUAACGAUCACGUGGACAAGUCGUGAAUCAAGCGUGGUGACGGAAGAUCAAAGAAAACGUUUUAAGAAUUUGAACAAAGCAUUAAAGAAUCCUGAAGGGGCUAUUGUUCAGGUUGCAGAUCGUCUGACCGUAUCGACAAAAGUGAUUAGAGUGACGAUCAAACAAGAACUUCAUGAUGCUUGGUUUAUGUUUAGCAAAGGAUUUGAAAACUUUGGUCAAAAUGAAAUUGCCUUCUUUUUGGAAAAACGAAUCGCGGAGGAUGUUUUUCCAUUUGAAAUGUUUAAAAUAUUCCGUACUCUUUAUUCCCUGACUUCAAAGCAAGGUCAAAGAUUUCGACAUUGUAAUUACUUGGCAUUCAGCAAUUCUUUACUGGGUAGCGAAGAAAAUGUUGGCUUCUUGUUCAUUUCGGCGAAAAAACUGCCAAAUGUCGUUCGACAUUACAUAAACGGGAACUCUGCAAUCGUUGGAAUUCUUUUGAAGUACACGGAACUGGCAUGUGCUCGGUAUAUACCAGCAAGAUUACUCAAUGCUUUGGGUGCUCAACAACAAACGUUUCCAUCGCCCGCGAUAAGCUCAAGAGACCGUCCUUUUGUGGUCAAUUUACCGUCUGAUGAAAUUUUUUACUCGACAUUUGUUGCGUUUAAUCAGUUUCUGAACAAUAAAAUUCCACAAGUUUUGAUUCCCGAGGUGCAUAUUUUGAAAUCAAACAGUCGAGUUAUCUUGGAGCUACCGUUUCUAUAUCAGACUGAGGUUUUAAGUAUGCUUGAUGCUUUAUUGGUGAAAGAUGACGAGCCAGUGACGAUACCUAUAGCUGGUGACAUCGUUCCUCAAGCCAGCGGUCAUUUUGUCUAUACUGUUAACAACGCUACGUCGAACAGAAGGGGUUUCGUUGUACUGCAAAAUAGCGAUCAGUCGGUGGAGCCUGGGAGCCAGUUCCUGGCAUUCAGUGCUAUUUUAUUGAUUUUUAACCUUGGUGAUGCUUCAAGUUCACGCAAGAGAUAUGGUAUUGAAGUUAUCGAAGAUGGUAUUAAAGUAACAUUAAAAGAUCGUCAAGCCAGAGAAAUACGACAAGCCAUCUACGAAGGAACUAAUUGUUCGUUGUCUAUCGGUGAUACCGCUGACUCCAAUGAUCAGUUUAUCUUGCGUUGGACUGGAGAUACUUGUCCUAGUGUGGUCGAGAGUCCAAAUCCAGUUAGAAUUGUUCAGGAUGUCAGACCAAAUAGAAGUUACUAUUCAACUGCAGUACAAACGCAGUCGGCAGUCCGGACUGAAGCAGGUCAAACCAACGUCAUAAUUGAUCGUGUUAAAACAAGAGAAAUCGAAGCUGCCAUUAUGAAAAAGCUUAUUUCAUCAAGUGAUUGCAAUCCUCAGGAAAUUGUUAAUCAAUUGGAGACGAACGUCAGACAAGCUUGUGGGACUUCUUUGCUAACGUUUGCCAAUAGACUGAAAAUACACGCUGAGAAACGCUUAAAUAUAACUCUGUCCUUGGGUCCAGGAAAUUUUAAGAAAUGGUCGAUUGGUCCCAAUAACCAACCAAUUAAUCUUGCUCGUUCUCUGCAACUUGCUUUGAGUGAAGUAAAUGUUCCAGCCGUAAACGACAAUAUUGUAUUUGUUUUCAACGUAAUUCUUCAAAAGAAAAAUUAGUCUAUUUAUACUCUAUUUUAUAACGAAUAUCACAUGAUAGAUAAAGAAUCCGCGGAGGAGUGACUUUUUACAGAAAUAUGAUUUAAUUGCUUUGCCAAUUGGGCCAAAUAUUAAAAUGAAUGCAAUAUUA